AUGACGCCUAGUCCAGAAGAUUUAAGUAUUUUGGGGGGCAAUAAUAAUGUUGUGCCCUUAUUGCCGCGACCUACUGUGGAAUUGGAGUUCAGUAAUAUAUCUUGCAACAUCAACGUGUUUAUUGCCAACAAGCUAAGAAUUGAAAACAAAGAAAUCCUAAAGGGAGUAUCAGGAUGCUUCAAACCAGGACAGCUGACGGCCAUCAUGGGGCCUUCUGGUGCUGGCAAGACUACACUCCUCAACAUUCUAGCUGGUUACUCAACCCGUGGUGCAAAAGGCGAGAUAUCUGUAAAUGGAAUAUGCGCCUGCGCUUCGAAGGCGACUGGCCGUGGAGGAGCGCGCUACAUCAGACAACACGAUGAUCUUCGUGAGCACCUCACUGUGUACGAAGCCAUGUCUCUUGCCGCUGCACUGAAACUGGCUGAUUUUAAUGCCCAUGAGAGGAAAGAAAAGGUGCACGAGAUCCUUGCCUUAUUAGGUUUGAGUAAUACAUCGAUAACCCUCUGCCGAGACUUGUCCGGAGGUCAGAGGAGACGACUGGCUGUGGCCUUGGAGCUACUCUCUGAUCCCUCGCUCAUGUUCCUCGAUGAACCUACCACCGGCUUAGAUUCAUCAGCAUCAGCAUCUCUUAUUGUUUUGCUGAACAACCUCGCGAGGGGAGGGAGGACGCUCAUAGCCACCAUCCACCAGCCUUCAGCCCUCAUCUUCGAGAAGAUUGACACUGUGUACUGCUUGCAAGCUGGGAGAACGUUGUAUAAUGGACCCAGGAGUAGUUUGGUGCCAGCUCUAGCCAGUGCUGGGAUGACGUGUCCAGCAUACCAUAACCCUGCUGAUUUCUUAAUGGAGGUGGCAUCAGGAGAAUAUGACGUGGAUUUGGAGAAAAGCGCUCAAAUUAUGAGCCAGUUCAAACCAGAUCUAACUACUAAUGCCAACGGUAGUUGGGAAAAUCACAUUCCUACUAUACCUGCACUGCCCAGCCCUCUAGAUAUAAGAUCAGACUUAAAACAAAAACAGUCGUUGCUGAGCCCUAACUACAAACAGCGGAAACUAUCGAAGAAUAUCUACAGACAAUCUGGACUAUUACGACAAACAUGGAUUUUGUUAUAUAGGAACUACUUAAUGACUACGAGAAACUAUUCGUUAUUCAUGUACCGUGUUGCUGCGCAUGUGGUCAUCGCUCUUAUCUUCGGUUACUUGUAUUUCGGGGUAGGCAGUGAAGCAGGCUCUGUUCUUGGCAACUACGUCUAUCUGUAUGGAUCUAUGCUGCUUGUCGUCUACACUGGAAAAAUGUCUGUCACGUUAUCAUUUCCGUUAGAAAUGGAUAUUUUGAGAGGGGAGUACUUCAAUCGCUGGUACAACUUAGGACCUUACAUAGUGUCAAUAUUAGCCGUGGAAUUACCUUUCCAGAUGAUAUCAUGUGUAUCAUACGUGGUACUAUCUUACUGGCUGACUGACAACCCCCUGGAGCCUACGAGAGCAACCCUGUUCCUUGCCACUAUAGUUGCCACGUCGCUGUGUGCACAGGCAUGGGGUUAUUUCAUCGGAUCCACUACUCCUACCAGGAUUGCAGUAUUCAUCGGUCCAGUCCUCGCGUGUUUGUUCUCUGUGUUUGGUUUCUGCUUGGCCCUGGUGGACACUCCUUAUCAAUUCCGCUGGCUUCAUCAUAUUUCAUACUUUAGAGCUGGAUUCCACGUUGCCGUACAUUCUGUUUAUGGAUUUAACAGAACUAGGAUGCAUUGCUCGAAAGAGUAUUGCCACUACAUCACACCAAAGACUUUUCUAAAAGAAAUGGACAUGGAAAACAUUGACGUUGGAGAAAACAUGGCGCUGGUGCUUUCAACGACAGUCCUAAUGCACGCUUUGACAGCUGCCGCGUUAUGGUACAGAUUAAAUAAAAGAUGA